GUGAGUCACUGCCCCCUCCCGCUCCUGCCCUCUCUCUCUCCCUCUCUCGCAGACACAGUUCAGCUCCGGCCGCCCAGCACAGCUCCUGCUGCUCUGGCAGCCAGAGGCAGGCUCUGCAGUGGAGAAGUGGGGCCGUCCCACUGAACAGGCCCUUGUUGGAGGAUGAACUGCACCAGGCUGGGUCUCUCUCUCCUGCUGCUGGCUGCCCUGGGCUGGACGGAGGAUGAGCAUGGCUCAGAGGACUCUUCUCACCCCAAAAAGAAAGGUCCUGGCCACGGUCACUGGAGCUAUGCAGAUAAGGACGAGUGGCCGCUGGAGUUCCCAGACUGCGGUGGGCAGAUGCAGUCUCCCAUCAAUAUUGACACCAAUUCCACAAUCUUCAGCCGUGAGCUGCAGCCUGUUGUGCUGGCGGGUUACAACCUGGACCCCAGUGAGCGUCUCAGCCUAAUGAACAACGGACACACAGUUGUCCUUCGGCUGCCUGGCUCUCUGACUAUUGCCAGCGGCUACCCGCAGGAGUACAGAGCUAUGCAGCUGCACCUGCACUGGGGCUCCCCGGAAGGGCCUGGCUCAGAACACACCGUGGACGGACGCCGCUAUGAUGGGGAGAUCCAUAUGGUGUAUUACAACCCCAGCUCUGACAGCAUCAAAGAGGCAACGAGGCAACCCGGUGGCCUGGCAGUGCUGGCAGCUUUCCUGCAGGUUGGGCCGGAGGACAACGUGCACUAUCAGCCUCUGCUUGAGCAGCUGCAUGAGGUCCAAGAGGAAGGCACGGAAACGACUGUGGCUGGAUUCAAUAUUAAAGGGUUGCUGCCCGCCAACCUAAGCCGCUAUUACCGCUACAGCGGCUCUCUGACCACCCCUCCUUGCUACCAGACGGUGAACUGGACUGUCUUCAACCAGACGGUGCUGCUGUCCAAGGAGCAGAUCUCGCUGCUGGAGACCACGCUGCAGGGAGACGAUGACAAAGAUCUGCAGAACAACUUCCGGCUAACCCAGAGCCUGCACGGACGGAAAGUCCUAGCGAGUUUCCAGGCAUCCCUCAGCUCGAGGCGGGUCCCGCUACCUGACGACGGCGUUCCCCCUGUGACGCCCGCCCCUGACGGUGCCACAGAGAGAAGCACGGCCGAAGCCCCCGGAUCAGAUGGCAGCGAUGCCCCUGUGACUCCUGCCCCUGAAGAUACUGCAGGGGGAAGCACCGACAAAGUGCCUGAAGAAGGUGCUGGCUGCCCACCAUGCGCAGAUUCAGAAAAACAGCUGGGCUUCGCCCUGCAGACAGCGGAGGUGCUGGCCGGUCUCUUCGGGGUUCUCUUUGCAGUCAUGGCUCUGGCCUUCCUCAUCUACAUCUACAAGCAGCGGAGCCAGAAUAGGAGGCCGGACUCUCACCCCAAGCCCAACGUCAUCUACACAGCAGCCACCACAGAUGAGAACGCGGCGUAGGCGCUGCCCCUGCUGCCCUGCGAGGGCCUCUGGCACAUGGACUGGAGACCAGCACACGCCUCCUGGGGCUCAGCCAGCCAGACCCUGCCACCUGCGGCCAGCCCAGCACGCCCUUCCCCCUACCGGGGGCCAGAGCAGCAGGGGCCCCGCUGCUGGGGCCUUCGCUCCUUGAGGCCUGGUUACCUGCACGGAGGCUCAGCAGAGACUGAGGGGGAAAACUCCACCCCUUUCACAGAUACUUUUUUUAAAAACACAAUAAAAUAAAUGAAAUAAAAACCUAUUGCUA